AUGACCGUUUCCACGAAAUUCAGUUUCACCGUGAGAAGCAUUUUGGAUUUACCGGAGGAUGAGGGGAAUAGUGUUCCACAAAGCUUUGAGGCUGAUCCCAUCUCCAACACAUCUUUCUCACCAUGGAUGAAUCUUGACAGGAUCCACUGCUCAUCAUCUGACGAAAGUAGCCCGGACACCACAUCUGACGAUUCUCCCAACGCGACAGCAGAGGCCUCAUCGGAAACCGAGAGUGAGGAGAUGAAGAAGAAGAAACGCCGCGUGCUCUUCUCCAAAGCGCAAACCUACGAGCUGGAGCGCCGUUUCCGUCACCAACGCUACUUGUCAGCGCCAGAGCGCGAGCAGCUGGCGCACCUGCUCAGCCUCACGCCGACGCAGGUGAAGAUCUGGUUCCAGAAUCACCGCUACAAGAUGAAGAGGGCGCGCACUGAGGGUUGCGCGCCAGAUCUCGGCCAAGCGGCGGCGUUGAGGAGGCUUGUGGUGCCGGUUCUGUUGGGGGAAACGCGCGCCAAACACUUCCAGACUUGCUUCAUCGGCACGGACAGGAGUGGAUGUUUGGCCACCUCUGCUGCUGCUGCUGCACCUGUCGCACACUAUAGCCCACUGCAGGACUGCCAACGGCAUCCUUCUCCGCUCAGCCUCAUCCCCAGAUUCCAGCACUUUACGCACUCGGUGCCCGCGCCACACCACUUCGUUUGGUGA